AUGGUCCUUCGCAGCAGGCCAAACCACGCCGAACCAGUUGUUGAGGAGACUGUUGCGGGUGGUGCAAUAGAGCAAGAGACAACUGUGACUUCUACCGAGCCAGCCAUUGCUUCUGCUUCAGCUCAGGUUACCGCUCCGGUGGAAGAAGAGAUUGACAACCAUGUUAUUUAG